CGCACGAGCCCACCCGGCCGCGCCCGGACAAUACCCGGCGCGCUGGGGACGAUGCCCGCGCCGGUGCCGCCCCCGCGCCGCGCAGCCCUGGCCGCCAGGCCCUAGAGUCGGCCCUGCCCCACGCUGCGCCGCCCACGGACCUCGCGGGAGAUGGAGGUCCUGGCGACAGACACUGCGUCCCAGCAGGAGCGGCUUCAGGCCAUCGCAGAGAAGCGCAGGAAGCAAGCCGAGAUUGAGAGCAAGCGCAGAGACCUGGAAGAUGACAGGAGGCAGCUGCAGCACCUGAAGUCCAAGGCGCUGCGGGAACGCUGGCUGCUGGAGGGGACGCCGUCCUCGGCCUCCCAGGGCGAUGAAGACAUGAGGAAGCAGAUGCAGGAGGAUGAACAGAAGGCCCGGGUCCUGGAGGAGUCCAUCGCCAGGCUCGAGAAAGAGAUUGAUGUCCUGGAGUUUGGAGAAUCAGCCCCAGCCACCCCAAAAGAGAACUCUGCAGCCCCUAGCCCGGUCCGGCCCCUGUCCACAAGCCCAGCCAAGGAAGAACAAAAGUCAGAUGUCCUGGUGAACUCCCAGCAGACACCACUGGGCACCCCGAAAGAGAAUCGCAUGUCUUCCACCCCCGUGCGGACUCCGGGAGGAUCCACCAUGAUGAAGGCAGCCAUGUACUCGGUGGAGAUCACGGUGGAGAAGGACAAGGUGACCGGGGAGACCAGGGUGCUGUCCAGCACCACACUGCUCCCCCGGGACCCACUCCCUCAGGGCGUGAAAGUCUACGAGGACGAGACGAAAGUGGUCCAUGCCGUGGACGGCAUUGCUGAGAACGGAAUCCAGCCACUAAGCUCCUCCGAGGUGGACGAACUCAUUCACAAGGCCGAUGAGGUCACACUGAGCGAGGCGGGGCCCACAGCUGGGCCAGCGGAGCCUCGGGGACUUGCGGAGGAUUCCAGCAGGACCACGCCGUCCAGAAGGGAGAUCACAGGGGUUGAAGCUCAGCCAGGAGAGGCCACCUCAGGCCCACCGGGCAUCCAGCCCGGUCAGGAGCCCCCGGUAACCAUGGUCUUCAUGGGUUAUCAGAACGUGGAAGAUGAAGCAGAGACCAAGAAGGUACUGGGCCUGCAGGACGCCAUCAAGGCUGAACUGGUGGUGAUCGAAGACGCGGCCACGCCCAGGGAGCCAGCGCCACCCAACGGUAGCGCGGCUGAGCUCCCAGACACCAAGGAAGAGAACCAGACGGGGCCCUCGGCCACCCCCAGCGACGCCCAGGACCUCGACAUGAAGAAGCCUCGCUGCAGAUGCUGCUCUGUCAUGUGAGCCGUCGGGGCGCCCCGGUCCCCGGUCCCCGCCCUUCGCUCCACACUCCACCCAGCAGCCCGGCCCUCCCCGGCGCCUGCCCACCCCCGCCCUCCACCUCACGGGCCCCAGACACCUGUGUGUGUGUGUGUGGUCCCUAUGCACCUCGAGUCACGGGUGGGGGGUGCUCUGCCCAUCACCACACUCCAUACUCACCCCGAACCACUGAGCCGUGCGUCUUCCCUUGGUGAGAGACAGGCCGACCCACCUCAGAUCCCCUAAGAAUGGGGACCCCCAACUCCAAGUCACAGCAGGUUUACACAGGCGGCUCAUGCCCACCAUGGUCUCCAUCUGCUGUCCCCAGGCCAGCCUGUCUGUGCCUUAUUGCUACUUUUGGGGAGUCUCCGAGGGGACCAAAAAGAGAGGGUCUCCCUGGCCAGCGCGCCAGCAGCCUGAUAUGGGCAGGUGGGGUGAGGCCACACUUCUUUGGAGACCCGAAGUCUGUCCUAGGGUGGAGGACGGGCACCUGUGGGUUCCCCCAGUAAGUAGGGGAGCUCAGAGCAAGGGUAACCCUUCACUGGGGAUGGAAACAUCACCCCAAGAUGGGGCCAUUGUCGGCAAGGCCCCAGAUCAGCUACUCCCUGUCCUGGGUCCCCCCACUGUGCACACACUGGGCCCCUCCUCCUGGUGCUAAUUUAGGGACCCUUGGAGUCACCUUUACCCUCUUCUCUUGGACCAGGGUCCUGGGUUUCCCACGUACCCCAGACCCCAGAAGGCAGGGGUACGGCUGCCAGCACUGCAGAGCCUAGCGUUUCCAGACAGGUUUAGGGUGCCCCACACACACCUUGGGUGGGAGGAGUAAGGGAAUCCCCCGUCUGCUGCCUGGCUGGGCAGGAGCCAUGGCAGGGGGUCCCCCACCCGCGGGCAGGCAGCAGCCACUUUGGUUCCAGAGGCGCUGCCCUGCACACAGACGCUGGCUCCACGCUCUCCACCCUCGCCGGCUUCGGAGGGCUACACCCGGUCCAGGUCCCUUUCCCUGGGACUCCAGCCUGGUGUUAGAGCUCCCUGUCACUGCCUGCAGCCGCUGCGGUAGGGCGCGGGACAGCCGCAGGGUCUGCGUCCUGCCCUUCCUGUGGCCUGGAGGAGAGGCACUCUUCCCUGAGGGGUGACCGGUGGCGCCCCUUCCUCUUCCUCCUCGGAGUCCGCCUGAGCCUCGGCUGAAGUGCCCUUGCUGCCCCCUUCCGCUUUUGACGCGCGACGAGGCCCCGCCCUUCACCCCCAUGUUCUUGACUUUCCCAGAGAAACAAAUUAAAAAGACAAAAGUG